AGUUGUAAUCCUUCAGUAAGCGUCUCUGGAUUCUAAACAAAGAUGGCGGCGUGUGUAUUACGAAGCUGGCGAAUGUUGUCUACUGUUCAUAAGUUUAGUAAUAAAAACACACUGCGGGCACUUGGUGUGGAGCUCAACAGCAGACACGAAGUAAAUAGACGCCGAUUGCAGUGUUCCUCAUGUGGUGUCCUGAAUGUACAGCAGAAACGGUGCAUGUCGUCCCGUAACAGGGCAGAAGGGAAGGUGCUAGAGACAGUCGGAGUGUUUGAAGCACCAAAGCAGCAUGGCAAAUACGAAACAGGACAGUUGUUCCUGCACAGUGUGUUUGGCUACAGAGGCAUCGUCCUGUUCCCCUGGCAUGCUCGACUUUACGAUCGUGACGUCACCCCUCCAGCAUCUGACAGUAAGCCAGAGACUCCAGGAGCACAUGGGUCAAAGGAGGUGAAGGGAAAAACACACACAUACUAUCAAGUCCUCAUUGACACCAGAGACUGUCCACACAUAUCGCAGAGAUCGCAGACAGAAGCCGUCACGUUUCUAGCCAAUCAUGACGACAGCAGGGCUCUGUAUGCUAUUCCAGGUUUAGACUACGUGAGCCAUGAAGAUAUUCUGCCAUAUAAUUCUACAGAUCAGGUGCCAAUUCAGCAUGAGCUGUUUGAGAGGUUCCUCAUGUUCAACCAAGCUAAAGCGCCUCCAUUUGUAGCAAGAGACACACUGCGUGCAUGGCAGGAGAAGAACCAUCCGUGGCUAGAGCUGUCUGAUGUCCACAGAGAGACUACAGAGAAUAUCCGGGUGACCGUCAUCCCUUUCUACAUGGGCAUGAGGGAAGCACAGAAUUCACAUGUUUACUGGUGGCGUUACUGCAUCCGUCUAGAGAACUUGGGCAACGAGGUCGUGCAGCUGAGAGAACGACACUGGAGGAUCUUCAGCCUGUCUGGAACGCUGGAAACAGUCAGAGGCAGAGGAGUGGUGGGCCGUGAGCCUGUAUUGUCCAAAGAGCAGCCAGCGUUCCAGUAUAGCAGUCACGUCUCACUACAGGCCCCCAGCGGACACAUGUGGGGCUCCUACCGGUUCGAGAGGCCCAACGGCACAUUUUUCGAUGUGCGCAUCCCUCCCUUCUCUCUCGAAAGCAAGAAGGACGAUAUGCCCACCGGCUUCCUGCCAGGCCCUUUCUCCUCACUGGCUUAAGAGCUCCAAGCCCAGAGCCUUGCCCCGGUGUUCCCGUCCCAACCGCUGCCAAUCUCAGCCUGUCCUCCUGUCCUGCAUUGUCAGCAACACGUCCCCCACCCCACUAUAUUAACUGUGCAGUAACUUCAGCCUCAUUUUGCCUCUGUGUGCACUAAUCCAUGCAUUAAUAAUAAUAAUAAUAAUAAUAAUAAUAAUAAUUACGACAUUUUGAGCUAAAAACAAUUCUGCAAAGCUGAAAAAAAGUGCCUGAUAUCAGAUAGUGAAAUUUUGGUUUAUUUAUAUCCAUCUUUUGUGAAGAUUAGGGUUGCUGCAGCACUCAGCCUUCGCUCUUCCAACCUCGCUGUAGCUCUCGUACAACCCAGGAAGUCACCAUCCAUAGCUUUUUAAAUGAAAUGCUCAUCCGAGCUCUCCAGUUUUCACCAGUUAACAUGGAUUUCCUGCUUAUAAAGCACUUAGAAAAUCCUUAUAAAGGAUUUCCAGCUCAGAAAGUCAGCAUAAAAAGCAUACAGGUUGGAUGAGGAACAGGAAAAUCCACUGUAGUAAAUUUAUUUGUAUUUGUCUUAUAUGUUUUUAAUUUGAUGGAUUUUUAAAAGGAUAGAUUUAAGAUCUGAGAUCAGGUUCUAUGCUCCUGAGUGGGUUUGAAUGUUACCUAAAGCAACUAAAAAAAAAUCAUGUGUUCACAUCAACUGGAUCAUCAUCAUCGUCAAGUCUGUCCCUACAUUUUUAGACUGCUAACUCCACUUAUAAACUGCUGUACAGGUCUCUCUCGCGUGCACACAUGCUCUCUCUCUGAACCUUGAAGUCUCUGAACCUUGCACGUGUUUGCAAGUCUAAUGUACAAUUUCCUUUUAAUCGAUCUUAAUAGUUUUUUCGCACCCUCGGGUUAUGUGAAACCGUAACCCUCUCACUUUAACUGAUUAUUUAACAUUGGAGAAUUGACAUUAAAUAAUUAAACAUUAUUAGGAGGAAAAGUGUUAGAACGGGUAUCCAUGUGUUUCAUUCACCCGUUAACAACCCGUUAACUCAGAGUCAUUUAAUACAUAUUAUUUUUAAGGUAAUUAUUGAAUUAUUUGUGCAGAGGAUAUCUGUUUAUGCCAAUUCUGUCCAACUACAAAGAAAGAAGUUUUUAUUUAUAUAUAUAUAUAUAUUUUGUUCUUGUUUUGUUUUUUGAUUUGAUUUUGAUUAGUCAAUGCAGUGACGCCAUCAUGACUGUAGUAAUUGUGAAUUUAUUAUUAGAUUUGUAAAUCCGGUCUUUUCUACAUGGCAUGAUUUAAAUGUAUGCAGUGUUCAGGUUGAUUGCGACUCAGUUUUGCAUUUUUAAUCAAUUGACCGUUAUGUUUGGGGGCGUGGCCAGGCGCAUGGCUACAGAGCACUUAGGGGUGGAGCUAAAACACGUAACUACAGAUUGUGAACGUGCAGAAAAUAAAAUGUGCGAAUUCUGUUAUGCAUGUAGUCAAAGGUUUGUAAAAUUUCAGCACUGAUUUGAUGUACGAUUCAUUGUCAAAGGAAGGUCGGUUCGAAAUUCUUUACUUAAGUACUCUGUAGAGUCACAAGCUUUGAACUCCUCAAUUUCUCAAUGUAACCUCCUUAAUUUUCAUUUUUGAAACUAAUAAAAUGGGGAAUUUGUACCGACUAAAGUGAAGUUGCGUACUCUGUAUUCCCAAGCACAAAUACACACAGAUCCAUAUACAUACACCUUAUAAGGACUUCACCCCAU